AUGCCUUCUCCUAGUUAUUCUUGGGAUCCAGCAUUAACAUUUAAUUCUCAAAUUGGUCAGAAUACUUAUCAUUCGAUGCCUCAAGAAACCUCAGUAUCGAAUAAAACAAUAAAUAGGAAAUAUAGUUUGGAUUUAAAUCAAUCUAGUAACCCACCAUUACAAUUUCUAUCUCCGCGCAGUGAUCAAUCGCCUUUUUCUUCUCAUCAUUCCAGUUCAGAUAGUUUAUCAUCGAGUAUGAAUAAAGCAAGACAUUUGACCUUUCCUCAAUGUAUUAAAAUCUACAAUGAAAUAACAAAUAUCUGGCCAAUGCAACGAUGGCUCACAUUCAAUGAUAGUAAUGAACAAGAAACAUUUCUUAAAUUAAAUUGUCCACAGUCGAUGACGAUACAAAUGGCUAUUGAUAAACAUUGUUUCUUACCAGAAGAACGAUCAUUAAACACAUUACCCAAACUUUUAUUAAUUAAAAAUAUUCAACAAAAUUCUAAAAUAUUUGUUACACCAAAUUCCUCAAUAUCAUUAAAAAAUUUAGUUUCAAAUGAGACUGAAACUGAUGAUUUACUAAUGUAUAAAUUACUGGCAAUUAUAUGUGGAAAUGAUCCGGAGAUGAUGUUUUAUCGAGAGCCAAUAACAAACUAUUGGUAUCAUUAUAAAAAUGAACAACAGCAAGCCAAUUCAACUAUUAGAUUAUCAAAAGAAAAUGUUCUAAUUUUAAAUGACAUAAUUCAGAAUCAAACUGGCAAAAUUCCUAAUUUACACAAGCUUAAUAAAUCAUUAGCGACUAUAUUCACAACUCCUCAAUUUUAUGUUUAUCAACCAACUACAUGA